UAUAUUAUCUAUAGUACAUAAAUUGUCUGUGUUUCAUUGAUUUGAAGUUUAAAAUUUAGAUUGAAGAUACUUUUACGCUCCAAAUAUCAAGAUCCUUAGUAAACGACUAGGAAUCAUCACACUUGUUAGUUAGUGAUACCUUAGCGUACUGGAUUUCAGACAGUUUGUAUCCGUUCUUUCAAAUAAUAAUUUUUAUUAUUGGGAUUAUUAAUCUAGUGCUAUUAUUGAGCAAUGGCGUUUCACGAUCCCAAACGACUUAUCAUAAACUAUCUACCUCAGGAUUUUGGUGACAAGGAACUGUACGGCUUGUUUAGUAGGAUUGGGACCAUUGAAUCAUGUAGGGUUAUGCGAGAUAACAAGAUAAAUUACAGUUACGGAUUUGGAUUUGUAACCUACAAUAGUGCUGUGGACUCAUCGUCAGCAAUUCAAAAGUUGAACGGCCUCGAGUUAUUGGGUAAGCGACUAAAAGUAUCCUAUGCCAGACCGUCGACAGACGAAAUAAAAGACACAAAUCUGUACAUUUCAAAUCUGCCAAAGCACUUUACCGACAACGAUCUGGAUUUUUUGUUUGGACAAUUUGGCCAAAUUGUUCAAAAGAACAUUUUGAAGGACAAAAUCACAGGUAUGCCAAGGGGAGUUGCGUUUGUUCGUUUCGAACGCAAAGACUCGGCCCAACAAGCCUUACUUGCUCUGGAUGGAUAUCUGCCUACUGGUGCUUCGGCCAAGCUGAAUGUGAAAAUUGCCGAGGAACAUGGUAAGAAAAAGGCUAUCUACUUUGCUGGCUAUCAAGCGGGAGCAAUGCAGAGUCGGCAGGCUUUUGCUGGCCCUCCAUUGUCAAUGCAGAUGCCACCAAAAGGCCCGCAAAUGAACCCCAUGGCAUUGAGGGGAAGUCGUGGCGGCCCACAAAGUAGAGGAAGUGCCAACUUUGUGCCGUAUCCGCCCAAUAUGGCGAUGCCUGGUCGAAUGGUGGGUGGUCCGAUUGUUCGUCCGGACAAAACUGCUCGUCGUUUCAACCCAAUGCCAGCAAUAUGGUAAUUCACAUUAUUCUUUUUACUUCAAAACUAUUCAAGAAUAUUUUUUCUUGCUACUAAGUUACUCAAUUUAGAUUUAAACAAGUAUUCCAGCCCAUUUGUUCUAUAAAUAUAGUUUUUUUAUUUCAACCCAAAAAAUAUAUCAAACUCAUGUAAUCAAUCUAAAGCUAACUCUUUGCCAAAAAACUCAUCACUUGAUAGCUGCGACAAGAGCUAUUUUGAACUUUAAUGUUCAAUUGACCACUCACCCAGAAAAAACUAAUUUCUAACUAGACUUUCAUGAAUAAAUUGUAACUGCAAAUAUCUCCAUCAUUCAUAUAAAUUUUCAAAUCAAUAAUUAUUAUUUUCAUAUCAGGUUUUAAAAUUAUAGCUUAUAACUGUUCCAUUUAAACAAACCAGACAACACCUUCAAGUGGCUUGAUAAGGAUGUGAAUUUAUCGACUAGGUAGGCUAGUACCUAACGUACUGUUGAUUUUAAUAAAUAUUUUUCCAACAUAAAAUUUUGACAUUACCCACCGGAUAAAUUUAAUAAAUGUACUUUUAAUUAGAAUGAUAUUUUAAAUUCAAGAAAAUAAUUACCAUACAGUACAUCAGAAAUAAAAAAAUGUCAGUUAAUAGUAGGAAUUUAUGAACACUAAUAUGCAAAUUUGUUUAUUAACAGUAUGAAUGCAUUCCAUGUGUAAUCAGGGAUAUAUUUGAGACAUUGCUAUUAGUAAAAUCCGCUAGUAGUUGUUUAAAAUAAAAUAUAUUAUAAUAAAAAGAAGUAUAAGUGGAGCAAGAUUGAUGUUAUCUUACUAUAUAUUUCAUUGAUUUUCUAAUAAUGUUGUUCAUAUAGACCUAUUAGAAAAUUGCAUCAAUUUUUUGCAUGCAAAAUUUCUUGUCCUAGACACAGAGAGCCUCAAGAACCUUGCAUUUUUCGUUUCUCAACUGUAAUUCGUAUAAAUUCAAUUUUUCCGAAAAUUUGAACCAUUUUUGAAAAAAAUUAACCCAGUACUCAUUGUUAAAAAGUUGCAAAUGAUUUUUCCGUCUGAUGUUUUUGGAAGCUCUCUGUAUUUUGCACAAGGACAUUUUUCAAAAAUUGAUUUUUGACUUCUUUUAUGUAUCCAAGCAAUAUAUUGAAAAAUCAUAAGUACCUACACUAUAUUUUGCAAGCACCAAUGUAUAUUAUAGUGAUUGAUUGGACUAGAUAGAUUAACUUGAGAUUUGCUCUUUUCUAGAAAGUUGAGAAAUUUUUCAUAACUUAUUUUGAAACUACUUUUAUUGACUAUACAGUUCUAUUUUGAGCUACCCGUAUCUUUAGAGAAAUUAUGGCAAAUCGUUGAAAAUGAGAGAAAUUUUGAAAAAUUGAUAGAAUCUUAUUUCGUUUUGUAUAAAUCCAAUUGAAAAAAAUGUAUCAAUUUUUAUAUAUGUUGUGAUUGGUGCAAAUUUAUAUUCAAUCUUGUUAAAAAAAUUGCAUAUUGUACGAUUUAAUUAAAGAAUGAUCGUAAAAAUGGGAUAAAAAUUGUUACAUAACGUUAUUUGAUUAUUGAAAUACAUCCUGUUUAAUAUAAGAAUACAUCUAUAGCAUAUGUACCAAGUGAAGUAUAGUGUAUCAGAUUCCCAACCAAGUGAGGAAAUUCUGUCAAGUUCAACUGUUCCAAUUCAACAUAUUUUUAAAUAGACCAUCCUAUUCAACUAACUCCAUUCUCCUUCAAGAUUCUUAAUCCUUCAAUGUCAUUAAAAUUAUGAAACAACUGUCACUUGAAAUGACUAAAUGUUAUAUUUGUUAACAAGCGACACAUGUUAAAUUUAUAUUGAAAGGGUGCUGUGAUUUUUUAUUUGUAUGUACAUACAAGUAGCCCUAAAUAACAACUUGAACCUUAUUGAUAGUAAACUAAAUGAGAAUACAAACAUAGUAUAGAUUCUACGUUGUACCUGGUUUGGUUUUCUGUACUGAAAGCUCAGUAAACUAUCCAAAUAAUUUUUGGUUGAAGUUAUGCAUCUCGCUUUUGGAAACUUUCUACUGGUGACAUUUUUUAAGUACAGUAUUUCGAUUUGGAAUUUUUCAAGUUACCAAAAUGGUACAAAUUUCUGAGGAUGAAACCUUUUUUAUGAAUUUCUGAGGAUGAAACCUUUUAUGAAACCUAAUACUGUAAAAAACCUAGAAACAUAUAUUCUGUAAAAACCUAUAUACUGUAAACCUAUACCGUACUGUAUUUCGAUUUGGAAACUUAUAAACCUAAACCUAUAAACUUGAAAACCUAUAUACUGUAUAAACCUAUACUGUAUUUCGAUUUGGAAACUUUCAAGUUACCAAAAUGGUACAAAUUUCUGAGGAUGAAAACUUUUUUAUAAAUUUCUGAGGAUGAAACCUUUUUUAUGAUUUUUUUUUAAUCAUAGGCUAUUUCAAAAAAUGAAAAUUAUAAAAUGUUUUUCCGUGGAAACUUGUUUAUUUUGGUAACUUGAUAGAGUCCCAAUUGAAAUAUUUUGUGAAAAUUUUGACCACAAAGUAGAAGGUGUUUCUAGGGGCGACGUGUACAACCUUAUGAAGUGUAAACCUAGGUACUUUAUUAUAAAACUGAAAGCUUGGAAGAUUCUGUAGGAAAAUUAGUGUAAUGUUCUAUUGGUAAAAAAGUACAUCGUUAUAGCUUUUUCUUAGUAGAGUCCCUUGCGGGAACGUCCCACCUCGCGUGAAUGUAUAAUUUGAGCCGUUAAUGGGCAUUAAGACUGUUGUUAAGACUUAAUUUUGUUCUAUUGGUAUUAAUAACUAACGUUAGAAUCGACUGAUUAAAAUGACUUAUUCUUAUAAAAUAUUUAAGGUAUUUUCUGUGCAAUGUGCUUUACGUAUUUUUGGUGCUUUUUGAGUUUUCGACUGAUUAAUGUAAUACGAUAAGUUCCUGUUUGCUAGUGCAAUUUGAUUAAUCGAAUAUUAUCCCAUCACAUGAAUGGAUGGAAACAAAUAUUUUCAAUAUCAUGUUGACUCUUGAAUAAAUAAGAUUUUCAUGUUUCAA